AUGCAGAGGUGCUUCGGAGUGUUGUGCGUAUCCCUGAUUGCCUGCGCCACUCUGUCUGAGACCAUCGGACUCGUCAUUGCGACUAAAGAGAAGCGGGGCUGGACUCUGAACAGCGCAGGAUACCUCUUAGGUCCCCGUCGUAUUGAUCACCUAAUUCAGAUAAAGGAUUCUCCCAGUGCCAGAGGCAGAGAAGAGGUUGUCCCUCAAUAUGGCAUUGACGGACACCGGACACUUGGAGACAAAUCAGGUCUGGCUGGCAAGAGAGACAUGGUCCAAGACGAAGACUUCAGAACAGGUCCAUUGAGAUUAUCUGGUGAGGAUAUAAGCCACACAAUUAUCAACUUCCUAUCAUAUCUAAAACUUAAAGAAAUCGGAGCUUUGGAUAACCUUCCCUCCUCCUUGACAUCAGAAGAGCUGGCCAAUCCCUAAUCUGUCUGUUUUCUUUACCA